AUGCAUCUUAAAUUAUUUUUCACUCAGUGUUCGACAUCAGCAGCGACCAUUUGCCGCUCAGUUUUCUCAAAGAAAAACAAACAAUGUGAGGAUGUCGAGAGCUCCCAGGAGUCAAAAGGCAAGGAUCAGAAGGCCUCAGGGACCUCAGAGCAGGAUGCGGAGUUGCCCUUCGUUCAAGCCAAUUUGUUCAUGUUCAGUAUCGCCAGCUGUUUCGGCUUCCACAACGUGAGGCGGAGCAGUGGCGGGGCGUGGGAGGUGUCCCGGUGGAGGGUGGUGCCAGUGGUGGUGCACCUCGCCAUCUCCGUCGCAGGCUUCCUCGUUGUGAUAUACUUAAUUUUCUUUUGUAACCUGAAAUACUAUCAGGGUGUCAUGAUUAUGCCGAUUACAUUUGGAAUGUCGUUUUGCAUUGGUGAAUACAUCUCAUCUUUCUCAAUCAGCAAACACUACAUAAAGUACCUCUCGACAAUCGAGGCCCAGGACGUGAAGAUGAAACCUUACACUAACAUGGCCUUCGUUGCAACAGGAACCUUCGUAUCAUCGACCAUAUACACGGCUUGCAGUCUCCUCGUCACAAAUUUAUCACAAGAAAAUAUUUUCAUCCUCAUGGUUCCUGUUUUUACAACUACCUAUUUACCGACCGUCUUGGACAUGCACAUGUUCUCCUUCACCCUCAUGCUGAAGCAACAGGUGGUCAAGCUGAGACGCCGCAUCCGGCGAGUGAACCAGUGGACGAGGGAGGAGGUCAGUGGCGUGGCCCGUCAGUGGCUGCUGCUGUGCAGGCUCUUCAGAAUCCAUAACAGAGUAAGGCUUCCCUUCUUCCUGUCACGGCAGGUGUUCCGGAAGUCCCUCUACUCCCGCUUGAUGAUGGCCAUGGUGCAGGUGAUGGCCUUCACCUUCGCCGCCGUUAUGAUUGAUUUCAUGAUGGAUGAGCUCAAAACGCAGACUUCCCCAACCAUAGUGGUUCUGUCUGUCUUGGUGCCCCUCAUCUGGACUGAUGCACGCUCUCUCGGCCUUUCUCUCAACGGAGAGGUCAUCAAUCAUGCGGUGAGUGUGAACACGCUCCUGUGUACCCCCCUCCCCCCUCUUACAUACUCGUAAGCUGAACAAUGACUUUGACUGAGUACAUUUUCAGUUACGUUGUUCAACAGUGGCCGCGGCUGCAUUGUGAUUCAUCAACACCACGAAAUCUAUUUUCAGUACGAAAGCGUCUUGGACGAAGCGCGGGUGGUGCUGGUGCGCGACGAUCCCUCCCGUCCUGCGCUGCGUGACCUCAGCUGCCUCCUCGCCCGCAUGGAGUCCCGCCCGCUGGCCCUGCAGAUCUGGGGCCGAGACAAGUGAGUGCCUCGUGCUCAAAAACGAUCCACUCAUGACCUAUGAAGGACGCUAAAACUUGACCUUUGUGUCCUUGAUUUAUUUCACACCCUUUUUGUGUGUGUGUGUGUGUGUGUUUGUUUGUUCUUAAAGACAAAACUAACGCGUGUCGGUAUUCGGCAGCCUGAGCGCCGGUGCCUACGUGCAGAACACCGGCAUGGUGCUGACCUACUUGGUGAUGGUGGCGCAGAUGCAACCAGAGCCAGACCUGAGCACAGGCUUCUCCAUAUUUGGUUAUGAGCUCUUCAAUGUACAUUCGCUGGUAGAGGACAAAGUCACACCUCUGCCUGCUUCUUAAAACUGACCAUUAACAGUGUCACUAGCCCAAUUACGAGCAAACCACGUUCCUCCUUCCUCUCAGACUUCCCGCAUGUGAUUGGUGGGUGCUGGGAAAGACUAAGUUUUCGGUCGUAUUAUAGGACAUUUCGCCGCCCAAGAACACAUACUUAACAAGGCUUUCGUGGGAGAUGUGGGCAUUUACAGGAGUAGUUGUAUGACCCUGGUGGUAGUUUGACCUUUCCUCUGUACCGUUAACCUAAAGAAACACUGAUUAGAACCCAACUGACCCCCUCUUUGACCUUUAGAAAUAGCUGAUGUUAGAAGCGAAAGCGUCUUAUGAUACCGACCUAAAUGUUGUGGGGCGUAUUUACGAUGUUGAUUUCAGUGGAGUAUAAGCUUAAGACAUCCAAAACACAUCCCAUUGUUCUGUUGAAGGGACCUGUGUAGUGUUUUACUUAGGGCUGUAUCCGUAAACAUUUGGACGGCCAAGCACACAUAUUUUACAAGGCUUUCCUAGGAGUUAUGGGAAUUUCCAGGGGUACUUUUAUGGCCCUAGUGGUAGUUUGACCCUUCUUCUGUACCAUGAACCUAUAAAAACCCUCAUUAGAACUCGAUUAAUCUCCUUUUCGGCCUUUGGAGAUAGUUGAUGUGAGGGGUGGAAGCCUCUGAGAAUACCAUCCUUAGUUUUGAAUAGUUUAGUCAUGGGAUUCAAAUGGCCAGUGUAGCAGCGUAGUCAGUGCUUACAUGUGGGUCCCAUUUGUGCAGUUUUCUUUAAUACGAUUAGUAAUGCUUUGGAGAUGAAUGUAUAGGGGCGCGACCUCAACCUACGCGUCUGCAGAAAAUCCUUGACUAUGUUCUAGCAGUAGAGACAACUUAGCCAGAGACACUAAAUCAUUUUCUCAGCCAAAAUGAAUGAUUAAUGCACACACCACCGUUGCCAGAUGAUCGUACUCAGAGCACAGUAUUUACCGGUUUCUGACGCCUAACUAUUGCCGAGAAACAUCAAGAAUUAACUAUUUUAACGAUAUAUAUAAAUGCAUCUUGUUAAUGGGGACCAGGAGACAGAUUUGGGGUCGGAAGUCGAUAAAUAUAAGAGGCUGAGUACGACAAUCUGGCAUCGUUGGCACACACACCAAAAAAAUAUCAUUAAACUGUGAAAAAAAAGUUCUUCGCUGAUUUUAUUGUCCUGCCGCCGCCUCCGUCACGCUGAUGCUCUCGAGGUAGUCAGGUGCUGCGUCACGGAGACACGGAAAGGAGACUCAGGGUGAUGGUCAGUGGGGGGGGUGAGGGG